UAUGUCUUCAAUACAAAAAUCAAUAGAUGAAUUCGACGAAGAAGAACAACUAUGCUUAUUAGCAGUACAACUAGCAACAGGAUCGGUGGUUCAUAUGGUCUUGAAAGCUGCCAUAGAGCUAAAUCUGAUACAUAUCAUGGAAAGAGCUGGUCCAGAAAAACAACUUUCCUGUGUAGAGAUAGCAGCUUUGCUCCCUAUAAAGAACAACCCAGAUGCCCCUGUUAUGCUUGAUCGUAUCUUGCGUCUCUUAACCAGCUAUUCCGUAUUCACUUCCUCUCAAUUCACUGGUGAUGAUGGUAAAGUUCAAAGGUUGUACGGUUUAGGACCUGUUUGCAAACAUUUUGUUUCAAAUGAAGAUGGAGGUUGUUUGUCUCCUUUGGUUCACUUGACUCAAGAUAAGGUCUUCUUGGAUAGCUGGCACCACUUGAAAGAUGCAAUUCUUGAAGGAGGAGUUCCAUUUAACAAAGCCCAUGGAAUGCCAGUCUAUGACUAUCUUGGCAUGGACCCAAGGUUCAACCAAGUUUUCAAUAAAGCAAUGUCUAUCACCUCCAUCACAUUAUUGAAGCUAAUAAUUGAGGUUUAUGAGGGAUUUGACAAUGUGAAUGUGGUGGUUGAUGUGGGUGGUGGAGUAGGGAAAACUCUUGAGUUGAUCACUUUCAAACACCCUACCAUUAAGGGUAUUAACUUUGAUUUAGCACAUGUGAUAGCUGAUGCACCACCUUAUCCUGGGGUGGAGCAUGUUGCAGGUGAUAUGUUUUUGAGUAUUCCAAAAGGGGACAUCAUCUUUCUGAAGACCGUACUUCAUAACUGGGGUGAUGAGCAUUGCUUGAGUAUAUUGAAGAACUGCUAUGAAGCCCUACCAAAAAAUGGGAAGGUGGUUGUUAUGGAGACGACUGUUCCAGAGAUACCUGAGACUACUUUGCUAGCCAAAACUACACUUGGAAUGGAUGUGAUUAUGAUGACACAACACAUUGGAGGUAAGGAGAGGACUGAGAAGGAAUACAAAGCCUUGGCAAAUGGUGCUAGAUUUAGUGGCGUUACAGUCGUCUUUCGUCUUGCUGCCUUCUCUGUCAUGGAAUUCUAUAAAUAGAUAUGUGAAAACCCUACGUACUCCACUGGUUGCAAUAAAAGUUUAUGUGCCCUAAGU